GUAUCGGGUGUAUUGAUCAUUUCAAAGAACCAGCUUUAGCAUUCAUUGGGAUUCUCUAUUUCUCAUUUGUAAUCCCUUUGUUGCUGCAAGUUGUAGUAAAGCAAAUCCUCAUUUACACGUGAGGUAGUUUGGAGACCAUUUCCCCAGCCAUAAGUAACUGUUUUCACAGGCCACAAAGCCCGUGGGUGACAGCUUCCAAGUCCCAGGCGCAAAUGCCUGCCGCUUGUGGGAGAUAGGCUUUCUGCAAGCGUGUGGAACAUCCUAGUUACACAUGACCCCUUCAGAUUGUGCCUGAGACCGGGUUAGGAAAAUCAGCAGGGAGUCUUUGUCAGUGAGUGCAUCGUUUGAGGGGCCUGGGCACCUGGAUGCGGUCAUCGGUGCCAGCUCUGAAGCAUUUAGGAAAUGACCGAGCUCUUGAGAUGCUCGGUCCGGAGUGGUCAGGAGCAGCCUAGGAAGUGGGUGUUAUUCUUGUGAAAUAGAAAGUGCCGGAACAGAAGCAUCCCGUGAGAUGACUGACUGUGGUUUUCUUUCUCCUUCGCCAACCUUUGCUGCAGUCUUGCUUCUGGCCACACUACUGCCCUGCUACCUUCCAGCUGCUUGAGAUCCUCCAGCUUGACUCCCUGUCUGUUCACGGGCCGGGUGGAGCUUCCAGCCUGGACUAGACCCCCAUGGAUCCACCCCCGAAACAGAGCCCGGCGCUGGCUGCGGACGCCACCCAGACAUCCACGGCAGAGACUUCAGGGGACGGCCGUGCCGCCUGUCAGCCCCCCUCCACAGAGCAGCUCGUGAGGGGCCUGGGGAAGCUGCUCCCCAGAGCCGGGCCCGGCCUCCCUGCGCCGCUCCCAGAGGGGCUGCUCCAGCAGCAGUACAGGGAGGGCAAGACCCCCCCGCAGAGGCAGUGGGACAGGCUGCCAGUCUCCCAGAGGAAGACGGCAUUCCUGGGGCACCUGAGACGCAGGCACCGUGACCACAUGGCACCUUACCCGGUCGCUAGGGAGAACAGAGUCUCUCCGUCAGGUGACAGAGCUCAGAAUCGAUUCCGCUGCGAAUGUCGGUACUGCCAGAACAAUGACACGAGUGUGUCUGGGCUGUGCAGGGAGAGGAGCGGGGCCUCGUGGGAGACCCUGGUGCAGGGCCUCAGUGGCUUGAGCCUCAGCCUGGGGAGCAGCCAGCCUGGCCACCUGCCCCAAGGGGCCCUCCAGCAGCAGCAGCUGGAGCAAGAGGAGAAAUGCCAGCUCGAGAGGCAUCAGGAAAGCAAGAGAAUGUUCCACAGGCUGCUGAAGCAGUGGUUGGAUGAGAAGUGAGGCUCCCAGGGCGGGCACCUGCAGGAAUCCAGGCAGGGAUGCUGUCCUGCCAUUCCUGGGUGUGGGUCCCACGGGGGACCAAGCGAUUUGGGGCUGCCAUGGGAGGGGACCAAGACCUGUGUUUGGUCUGGAAAUCCCACGAGCAUGUGCUGAGAUCUAGUCCCGGCAAAGGGCCGUGUCGGGCCUGUCAUUUGUGGACGCCCUGAGGUGUUAGUGAAGGGCACUGCGUGCCGGCGGCCCCGCCUCCUGGGUUCUGACCCCCAUGAUGCAUGUGUCACAUUCCUGCUCGCGGUCUCUGUCUGCCCUGCCUCCUUUGUCACCCAGGCAGAAGGUGUCUGGGUAGUGUGACUGCCUUGUUGAUGUGCCUGCGCUGUGCUGUGUUAUCCGCUGCCUGCCGGGAGCACCGCUAGAUCUGUUGCCGUGCAGUGUUAUGCUGAGGUGCACGUUCAAGAUCUGGAGCUAAGCAAGGCACAGGAAGGGAAGUGUAAUUGAACUUGCUGGUCUGCUGGUCCCCCAUUGUGUGGUCGUGUACACUUGGAUGAGUUGAAUGUGAGCAAACCUCUCCCUGCUCCUUAACCUUCGAGCAGUAUUUGCCCUCGUGGGAAUUUCUGUUGGCCUGUGUCACAGUCAAUACUAAAUAAAUAGAAUGCAGCUUUCUCUGUCAAUGCCGGCUCGCGUCUUCUUAGACCUGAGACUGCCACGGAGUCCCCACCGGACCUCAGCAGGUGUCAGUGGGUCUGUGCCAAGUGGAUUUUGCAACAAGGAGGAGGGCAGCACCUGUCGGCGCACAGUCCGGACAUGCUCUGAGGCCCAGCUGCGGGACCGGCGUGCUGAGCUGUGAGGCAGUGCCCGGGAAGCGUCCUGCCAUGGCGGGGUGGGAGGCAGAAUCCACCCUUCCCUUUAGAAGACCCUGCGGGCUGGCACUGCGGACCUGCCCAGGCCCACACGGCCACCCUGGAAGCCUGGCACAUGGAAGUGGCGGCCGGGAGCAGCAGUGCCGUGGCUGCUUCGCGAGAAGCAGAGCUUUGAUGCUCUGAGGAAGGUGUUGGGCGUUGGACUGGUAGCUUGGAGUCUCAGGAGGUGGGAUGACCUCUUGCUUUUCUUCCCCUACAGAGUCCUGCCAUGUGUCCCCACUGGGUGGCCACGCCAUUCCUCUGAAAUAAUUCUGCUUUGUGUCAGUGUGUGUUUUUAGGUGGGUCCCUGAGCUGCGCGGCUUCCCAACAUCUGCGCCUCCAGCCGACACAAGGCGCCCGAGGACAGGUGAGUUCUCCGACAUGCUGAACUUGGGUGUCUGCUGAGAGCUCCAGGGUGAAGUGCUCCCAACUGCAGGGCACAGGGCACUGCCGGGGGAUGUCAUGUCCGGAACUCUGGGGUGCAGUGCAAAUGGGCUUACCUGGCACUCAUAGCCAGGCUGCAAGACACUGUGCUGUCUCUGACAUGUCCUGGGCUUCCCGGUGUGUGGGGUCACUGCCUUGCACGUGUGAGCUCCUUGAGUCCACAUUCCCCGCCCCACUCGUCACUUGCCCUCUCACCACAAGAAAUUGGCAGGCAAAGGCCAGAGCAGUGAGCAGACUGCCCGGGUUUGCACAGGUGGAACAGGCACACAAAGGCCACAGUGGAGGCCAGCCUGGGCCCCAGCUAGCCUCUGUCAGGACUGCCAGGGCAGGACGGCCAGCCAGUGAGGAAAGCGAGCGGAGCACCCGGUCCUUAACCCUGCUAGGUCAGAUGCCUAGCCAUGCCAAGAGGCACAUUAGAGGAACGGCAAUGGGAGGCAAACCUUCAGAGAUGGGAAAGAGAUCGGUAGUUGCCUGGCCUUCCAGGUAGUCCUAGGGAUGGACCACUGGUGAGUACCAGGGUCUUUUUGCAGGGAGAGACUGUUCCAAAGCCAGACUCUGGCAGGUGCACAGCUGUAAAUUUUCUAUAUCGCUGUAUCGCAUCCUUUAGCUACAUGAAUAGUAAGACGUGGCCAUUAUACCUCCAGUAAAGCUGCUUUUCUACUGUACUGCCCAUGUGAAAAAAGGCAUGAAUAGGAAGGUGUGGAAUUGUUUUCUGUGACAGUAAAGAAUCUCCCCUCUCUUUGAGCGUUCUUGGUCCUGCCUACAUUUCCGGCAUCCUCCAUGUGUACUUGAAGCUGCAGCCAGACACAGCCACUUGCACAUCUGGGCAGCAGGCAUACUGGUGAGUGCUCUGUCUCUAUGUAUGUCGUGUGUGCAUGGACAAUUGCAAGUCGCCACCCUUCCACUUCCCGUUGUGGUUCCAUGCCAGGCUCCGGGACCCCAUCCUGCAUCCUCUAUGCCCGUACAUGUUUAUCUAUUCAGGAACCCAAGGACCAGGCUUCAGUUGCCAUGGAAACCAACCUCAGCUUAGCUUCCACCUCUGUACACAGGAGGACAUCAGAGUGGGAAGGGAUGUUCUCAACCCAGAGGGGCCCGCCUGAGCUCAGUCACCCAGUGGGAAAACAGCAGAAAAACAGUAUGGUUUCCAAGACAACCAAAUUCCAGAUGCCUGGGCUCCAUGAGGCCGCCUCCCUCCCCUUGGCCACCUGGGAAAUGGGCAGUUGUGACAUGAACACAGCCCUGAGCCCUGGAAAUGAUUCCUAACAUGGCUGUACAAGAUAAUUAAGUCAAAGACAGUUCUUGAAAGAAAAGGCACCUAAUGCAAAAUGUUCAGAUGCAAAACAACAAACCGUUAAAAAUGGAAAAUAGCGCUUUUAAAUUUUUUAAAAUAUUUGUGACAUAGGUAUGGGAGUUGCACACCCAUUGAAGCCUCUGAGUGGGAUGGAGAGGAAUGAGGGUGGGGGAGGAGGUGGGUAAGAGGACAGACCCCACCCUCCCUCCUGUGACAGUGGAGGGGGCGGGCAGGAAGGGGAGGGAUGUUGUAAAACUCCUUGCUGCCAGAUCCCAUCAGCGCCAGAGGACACAGCCGGACCCCAGUGUCAUCCCAGAAACCCUGAAGCGGGGAAGGAUGUCUGAGGAUGUUACUUGAGUAGUCUUGAUUGUUCUUAGAUGAUGUUGGAUUGGUUGUAGCAGAGUGAGAUGCCACUUCGCAUGUGUCCAUGGCCUUAGGUGGCCUUAGGUGCUUGCUGAAGCACUUGGCCUGUGGUGUUUUU